AUGCCAGUUUCUAACACCCACCAAGUCAUCAACAUGGCGAAACAUUUCUCGCCUCGGCCAGUAUUUUUAAUAACAUUCCUCAUCGCAAGCUUCCUCCUCACCUCAGCCCGUGAUAUUCAUCCCCGAGAAAUCUCAUUGGUCAGAGAGCCAGAUGAAAAUUACUACAUUCUCAAGAAAUCGACAGCAGUCAUUGUUUGUCAAGCCAAAAAUGCGGCUGAUAUAGUCUUCAACUGUUCGGGAACACAGAUCCCGCCCACCUCUGUAGAAGUCAAGGAUGUUUCUGAUAUUGAUCCCGAGCUGAUUCAGGCUGAGAUCGAAGUCACCAGGGCUGACUUACAGAAUCAUGAAGGGCAGUCUCCUUUCUGGUGUGAGUGCAGUGCACUUGAUAUUGGUGGCCAGGUGGCUGUUACCAGUAGAAGAGCUAGAAUUUCAAUUGCACAUCUGAAAAACAAAUUUGAGGUCCAGCCAAAGUCUGCAGUAACCACUGUGGGAGAUGAAGUCAUAUUUGAAUGUGAAGCACCAGAAGGUCAACCCAAGCCAGAGAUCAUGUGGAGAAAAGAUAAGAAAAGACUUGAAUUUGAGAAUAAUCCUCGUUUUUCUGUGACUGAAAAAGGAAGUUUGAUAAUUCAGUCAGUGAUGACAUCAGACAAGGGAUAUUAUCAGUGCGUUGCAAGAAACAUUGCAGGCAGACGUGAAAGUGAAGAAGCACUUUUGUCAGUCACAGCUUUAGCAGAAUUAGCAGAACCAGAUUUAGAGUUAUCUGAAGGAGGCAGUUCUGGCAAAAAAUCUGGAGGUGGCAAGCUCAGGGCAACGCGCCAGUCAAUUAAAACAUAUUUCACUACAGAGCCCCAAGAGAAGUACUUUGUUACACAAGAAAAGCCACUUGUCAUUGACUGCGGAGUUGUGGCAGCGGACAUUUUGACAUUCAGGUGCAAUGGAAAGAGAAUGGACCGCUCACGACAGACCAUUAAUCAAGGUUUGGACACUGCGGGUAACAGGGUUAUACAGUCUCAACUGAAUAUUACUUAUGCUGAUGUGCAAGCAUUUCUGUCAGAAUUUGGGGAUAAAACCCCUUUUCACUGCAUCUGUGUUGCUUGGUUCCAAGAUGGUGGCGUACCAAAUGGGUGGGGCAUGAUGAAUUCCCAAAACAGCAGUGGUUUUGUUUACCUGGCAUACCUAGAUGAAGCAUUCAAAACUGAGCCAUCUGAUGUUACUGCUGGUCUCAAUACUGAUGCAACUUUUGCUUGUGAACCUCCUAAAGGUCAACCAAAUCCAUGGGUGUACUGGUACAAAGAUGGUGCUCGACUGGAUCCAAGGAGCAGUGAAAAGUAUUCUGUCAAUGAUAAAGGCUAUCUAACCAUUCACGAUGUGCAGUAUGAAGAUGCUGGAGCUUACAGCUGCUUGGCUGAGAACUUAGUUACUUCUGUGAAGAGCAGGACAGGGACAUUAACUGUCACUGAGGAAGCUUUAACAGCUACAACUGCAGCUCCUUCUGAAGAUGAUGUACCCCCAUUUCCUUCAGUUAUUCCUACAACACCAGUGUUCUUGCGGGACUUUGAGGCAGAGAAUGUACUAGGGCCAGAUGAUACAAAGGCAAUGGUGUGCGCUGUUGUUUCUGCAGAACAAAUUACCAUCGACUGCGGUGGCCAAAGACUUGCUGCUGAUGAUUACGAGCUGAAACAAAAUCUACACAGAGAAUCAGGAAAGCGCUUGCUGUAUGUUAAGGCAGUGAUAACCGCCGACAGAGUGGCUAGCAAGCCUGAUGACUACUUCUGCCAGUGCAUAGCCUGGUACCUGAAUGAUAAAAUGGCUUGGGAAAGAAUUGCAAGUACUAAGGGCUACAUUCGACCAUCACCAGUGGCUUCAUAUAUUGGAACUCAGUUUGAGGUGGUUCCAGCGGAUACAGAUGCUCAUUUUGAAUCAGAGGCACAGCUUGUUUGCAGGCCACCAGAAGGAAAUCCCACUCCUACAAUUUACUGGUUGAAAGAUGGCGUCCGCAUUGAUCCUGAACAUGAUGCAAACUAUGUUGUCAAUGAAGGAACUCUCUUCAUUGAAUAUGUUCGUGCAACAGAUGAAGGGCAAUAUACGUGUGUUGCAGAAAAUGAGGCUGGAACUCUUGAAUCACAACCAAUCCAGUUCACAGUAAUUGGUAAGCCAGAACUUCCAACAGAUGCACCUGGAACAGAAGUGGAAACCACAACUCUCAGUGAAGAAGAUCAAACAGAGUCAGUAGAGGGAGGGCCUGUUUUCACCCAGGAACUUGAUGAUGAAUAUUAUAUUUCUGAUGAGCAUCCAGUCACCCUGCAUUGUGGUGUCCUCAGUGUUAAAACACUGUUAUUUGUUUGUAAUGGACUCGUUUUGAAAGAAACUGCAACUACAGGUGACAGUUUUGUACAUCCAAUCACCAUGGAGACCAUUCGAUCAAAUCACUUGACUAUAACUAGGGAACAGUUUGAUGAAUAUGAAGGAACAACACCGUACACAUGCUUGUGCCGUGCUUUCUAUCAGAAAGAUGGAACAGAUGUUCAAGCCGAUAGUUCACCAGCUACCAUUUAUUUGGCAUAUAUAGGAGAGGAAUUUGCUGUUGAGCCAUCAGAAACAGAAGUGACCAACUUGGGGCGGCUAGAACUUCCAUGCCAGCCCCCUGAAGCUGUACCAGAGCCUGAGAUUUCAUGGCUGAAGGGGGGUCAGCAGGUUGUUGAGGAUGACAGAAUAACAAUUGAAGACAGCGGUACCCUGGUGAUUGAAGAAUUCAGUGUGGACGAUGAAGGCUACUAUUCUUGUGUGGCUAAUAAUUCUUUCGACACCAAAACCAGCAGGGAGGCUUUUGUUUCUCUUGCUGUAACUGGUGGUCCCAUCGAUGAGGUCACUCAGCCGUACGACAGACAUGGUUUCAAGACAGAUGCACCUGAACCAGAGCCAGAAACAUCUUCUUCUGAACCAGGAAACCAGCAGUCUGAUGUCAGGUACAUUUCCAAGGAUCUUCACAGUGUUUACUACCUGGUCAAAAAUCAGCCAGUGACUCUGACCUGUGAGGCCUACAAUGUAGACUUUAUUGAAUUCUACUGUGGAAAUGAGAAACAAGAUGAUCAAGAUGUGGCUGAAAGAGAAGAAGAAUUGUCAUCUCCUGAUGGCUCAGUAAACCUGGUGAAAGUUGUUCAAGCCACGAUCAGCGUGACAAAAGAAGAUGUGGAAGAGUUUGGAGCAGGUCAAGAAUACUGGUGUCAGUGUGCAGGCAAUUAUCGUGUUCCUGGCAUAGAGCAAUAUCAGAAGAUACUUAGCGUGAAAGGGAUUGUGGAAGUUGCACAUCUGAAAAAGAAUUUCCAAAAAGAACCUGAAAAUCAAACUGUCAUGGUGGGAGACUCUUUAACCAUUCAGUGCCAGCCUCCAGCAGGAAAUCCUCCACCGAAGGUGUAUUGGACCAAGGAUGAAAAGAAUGUCGAGGCCCUAAGUAUCGCACCCUCUGGUGUACUUAUCAUUCCUGAGGUGCAGCUAGAGCAUGCAGGAGUGUACAUUUGCAUUGCAGAGAAUGAUGCUGGGAAACGUAUGAGUCAACCAAUCAAGGUUGAUGUUAAAGGCAAAGGUGGCACACCACCCAUAAAAGGAGGUAUUGAGGGGAAUGAAUGUGCCCAAAUGCUUUCAUCAUGUUCAAACCUUUUACCACGAAAUGCGAAUCAUGUAGAAUACUGCGAAGCUGUGCAAGAUUACUCUGCAUGUGUGGAAAAUUAUUUCCAAAAAUGCACUGGAAUAAUCAAUGAAAUUUCUAUGAAUGCUGUCAAGAUGGCUUACAUGGACACUCGGGAGAAGUGCACCUUGAAAACCAAGUGCCAAAGACUUCAAGAAUGUAGAACCAUUUCAUCAAACUUGCCAGACACUUCUGUGGAGCAAACAGGUCUCUCAUUUGAAGAGCUUUGCAGAGAAACAAGCACAUUCCUGCAAUGUGUUGACCAGAACCUGGCAGACUGCAAUGUUACUAAGAAUCCCCCCGAAGAAGAUGUUAGAGGAAGUCUACAGGAUGUUGAUGACUGGUUUGACCAGUUUUGUACUGCAGUGACUGAGAAUAGCAGAGAAUUGGAAUCCUGUGAUGAGGUUGCAAGCUGUAGCCUCCAUAUUGAACAAGUGGCUGGUGAUAAUUCCACUUACUGGUGCAGUCUUAUCAACUCUCUUCUGAAGUGUACAGCCAGUGAUGCUGGAUCCUGCAGCCUUGAUGAGCAAGAUUAUAGCAAACUGCGUAAUGAAGCCAAUGAUCUGUAUUGCUCAG